AUGUGCUACUUGGGAAGGAAUUUAGGGGAGUCGCAAGAAAUUGCAGUCAGGAGACUUCGUGCUCUUAAUAGAAAACUCGACGAGCAGCCAAGCUUAAAACUCCAAUAUACGACGUUCAUGGACGAAUAUUUGAAACUCGGUCACAUGACCGAAGUCACCGAGUUGCCAUCCCCUGAAACGCCUCAUUACUUCAUACCACACCGUGCUGUUGCAAAGGAAUCGAAUUCAACCUCGAAGUUUCGAGUGGUAUUCGAUGCCUCAUGUAAGACGUCAUCUGGAAAAUCACUUAACGACAUCCUCCGAGUUGGACCAACAAUUCGACAGGAUCUAUUUCACAUUGUCACUCGCUUCAGACAACAUAGAUUCGUAUUAUCAGCCGAUAUUGAAAAAAUGUACAGGCAAGUCAGGAUAAAACAGGAUCAGCGUCGCUUUCAACUCAUCGUAUGGAGAGCCGACACUGAUCAACCAAUCAAGACCUAUCAGCUCAAUACCGUAACGUACGGGACCGCAAUAGCUCCAUUCUUGGCAAUCCGGAGUUUGCACCAAUUGGCCUACGAGUGCGCCAACGAACACCCUAUCGCUAGUCAAAUCAUUUUACAUGAUUUUUAUGUAGAUGAUUUGUUGACAGGUGGCGAUGACAGUUUUCAACUUCAAGCGAUAAAGGAAGACCUCGAACAGGUAUUACGCUCAGCUGGGUUUCCAUUGCGCAAAUGGACUUCCAAUCUCCCCGACCUGAUGGGAACCUCCCCAGAAUACAUGAAUAUUGAUAAUUUCAUUGGUGAUGAGGUCCGCACACUCGGAUUGGUGUGGAAUCCAAACAGAGAUUCGUUUCAUUAUCGUGUAAGCACAUUCAGUGGAAUGUCACGAUGUACAAAGAGGAGCAUUCUUUCAACGAUUUCACAGAUCUACGAUCCACUGGGGCUCAUCGGACCAGUAUGCAUCAAGGCCAAGAUUAUCUUACAAGAAUUAUGGAAACUAAAACUCACGUGGGAUAAAUCAUUACCAAGUGAUUUCCAUAAAAUAUGGAAGCAAUAUUAUGACCAGUUAACAUACAUUAAUGACGUAUCUAUUCCUCGGAGGGCGAUAUGUUCAAAUCCUCUGCGAGUCGAAUUACACGGCUUUUGUGACGCGUCCGAGACCGCAUAUGGCGCAUGUAUUUACAUCCGAUCCAUCACGACAGAUGAUCGAGUCACUGUACGAUUGCUUUGUGCCAAGUCGCGAGUAGCACCUCUUAAAACGAUUACGAUUCCAAGACUUGAACUCUGUGGUGCUGUUUUACUCGCUCGACUGACUCAAAGAAUAUCCGAAUCUUGGACUCGUCCAAUCGAUGCAAAAUAUUAUUGGUCAAAUUCACAAAUCGUACUCAGCUGGAUCGCAGGGGAAGCUAGUGAGUGGAAAAUAUUUGUGGCCAAUAGAAUUUCAGAAAUCCAUGACUUAACUGAGAAGGACAAUUGGAAUCACGUACGGUCUGCAGACAACCCCGCGGACAUCAUAUCUCGAGGUAGUACUCCAAAGGAUCUAUUAACAUCCAAUUUAUGGUGGAACGGACCGUCAUGGUUAGCAGAAUCAACCGAAGAAUAUGGUGGUGAAUCCACGCAAGUCAUUGAUCAAGACAUCAGCCAGGCCAUCACACUAGAAGCGAAGCCACCAGUAUCGGUUCUCACCACUACGAUCAUCGAUUUCGAUUUAUUGAGCCGAUUCUCGAGUCUUCGAACAUUGAGACGAGUAGUCGCAUACUGUAUACGUUUCAUGCACAAUGCCCUCCAUCCAACACAACGCAGAAGUGGAUUGCUGUCAGUCGAAGAAUUACGUCAAGCAAAUGUAACCAUUUUGAAAAUCAGUCAAGCGGAGUUCUUCACACCAGAAUUGAACAACUUGCGCAAGAAGACUCCAGUCUCAUCAACCAGUAAGUUACAGUCUUUGUUCCCAUUUGUGGACGCUGACGGACUCAUCAGAGUUGGAGGACGAUUGAGACACUCGGAUCUCCCAGAGACACAAAAGUUUCCCGUGGUCUUAGCAUCUAACAGUGCGUUCACUAAACUUUUGAUUCAAGACACACAUGUCAAACAUUUACAUGCCGGGCUACAAGCUCUCUUAAGUAUACUUUAUGGCCAAUACUGGAUUCUAUCGGCCAGAUCCACUGCCCGUAAGGUGCUGCACAGAUGCAUAACAUGUUAUCGACUGCGUCCGAAACACCUUCAACAAAUCAUGGGCGAUCUACCUUCCGUUCGCGUUCAGCCUAGUCGCGCAUUUUUAAAUGUAGGUGUCGAUUACGGCGGCCCUUUUAAUAUAAAGAUCUCACGAAACAAAACUAACAAGGCAUAUUUAUGUUUGUUCGUAUGCCUAGCCACGCGGGCUAUUCAUCUAGAGCUCGUAUCGGAUUUGUCCACGAGUGCAUUCCUUAACGCGUUGAAACGCUUUAUAGCACGUCGCGGCAAAUGUAUUAACAUAUAUUCGGAUAAUGGUUCUAACUUCAAGGGAGCAAAUAACGAGCUUAAGGAAUUAGCAAAUCUACUCUUAACUGACGCUCAUCAACGAUGCAUACUCGAGUAUUCCGCUGACAAUUUUGUGAAAUGGCAUUUUAUACCCCCACAUGCUCCCCAUAUGGGUGGAAUCUGGGAGGCUGGUAUAAAAUCAGCCAAAACUCAUCUCAAAAGAAUUCUAGGCAACGCGUUGCUAACCUUUGAAGAAUUUUACACACUCACAACUGAAAUCGAGGCGUGCUUGAACUCAAGACCUAUGUCUCCAAUGUCCCACGAUCCUUCUGAUCUAUCUGCUUUGUCUCCCGGACAUUUUUUAAUUGGAGCACCAUUGACCAGUAUACCCGAACCCGACCUAUCAGAACUCGCAUCCAAUCGCCUCACCCGAUAUCAGUUGUUAGCAAAACUUCAACAACAUUUCUGGAAGCGUUGGAGCCGCGAAUAUCUCACGCAGUUUCAGGCGAGAACAAAGUGGAAGGAGGAAAGGGCAAACAAAGCGUUACAAGUAGGAAC